AUGCCUAGCGCACAGCAUCCCCAGGCAAAGUUUGACCCGAUACCUCCAGAUCUUGACCUUCACUCUCUGGUAGACCGUACACCGAAUUUCCGAUGGGUUCAGCGGGUAUCUCGAUCUCAAAUCAACAGCCUUGGCCAGCAGGACUUCGAGAAGCUUGUGGCGAUACAUGUCAUAGCUGGCGGGAAGCCUCUCGUUAUCGAGGGCUGGGACGAUGCCCUGCCCUCCUCGCUAUUUAGCGCAGGAUGGCUUGAGAAUACCUACGAUAAGAAACAGGAGAAUGUUCGUGAUAUUUCCAACGCCUCUGACAUCCCCAUGACCACUGGACACUAUCUACGCUCCAUGAAACAGCUUACCAAUCAAUGGACUCCAAACACGUAUCGAGACGAGCGUCGACAGCGGUUAUAUCUCAAGGAUAUCGACUGCCCCCCCGAAUGGCGCGAUAUGCUACAGAAAAUUAUACAUCCUAAUCUCUUCUACCUCAACGAAAAUGUUGCAAGUAAAGGAGAUAUGCGCGCGCGCGACAGGGGAAGUUUUGGGGGCGAAACUACCGCUGCCUCUGCCGGAGAUCUUAUGUCUAGCCUACCAGAAGAAAUGCGCGCCCAAAAUCUCAUGUGCUACAUAGGCCAUGAAGGAACCUACACGCCCGCCCACCGAGAGAUGUGCGCAUCGUUGGGACAAAACAUCAUGGUUGAAGCAUCACGAGAUGAAAAUGGAGAAAAGAAGGGGAGUUCGAUUUGGUUCAUGACCGAAAGCAAAGAUCGUGAAGUGGUACGAGAGUAUUUCUUGUCGAUGCUUGGCCAUGAUAUCGAGAUUGAGAAGCAUUUCGCGCAAGUCAACGCCUGGAAGAAGGCACCCUUUGACGUGUACAUUGUGGAGCAAUGCGCGGGCGAUUUUAUACUUAUCCCCCCUCUCGCUGCGCAUCAAGUUUGGAAUCGAGGGACGAGAACAAUGAAGGUUGCUUGGAAUCGCACGACAGUGGAAACCUUAGACCUCGCACUGCAUGAAGCUCUUCCCAAGGCUCGUUUGGUGUGCCGAGAUGAACAGUACAAGAAUAAAGCCAUCAUUUACUAUACCCUUCAAAAAUACCAUGCGGAGCUCCAAAAAAUUGCAAAGACGGCAGAAAUUAUGCAGGCUGGCUUCAUGGGAUUUGGGCGAGAUAUCUUCAGGAGCUCUCCGCGUGUGAAGCAGCUGGCCGCCGACUUCAAAAAGUUGUUUCAGUUGUUUACCGAAAUCAUUACUGACGAAGUCUUUGCAUUCAAAGAGAAAGACAUUGAAUUCCUGCCGUUUGAUUCCUGCGUUACUUGCUCUUACUGCAGGUCUAACAUCUUCAAUCGGUUUCUCACCUGCAAACACUGUGUCAGAUAUUUGCCUAAUGGAGAAGAGGAUGCAUACGACGUUUGCAUGGAAUGUUACGCAAUGGGCCGGUCAUGCGUCUGCCUCUCCGGGCUUCAAUGGUGUGAGCAGUGGUUAUGGUCAGAGCUGACUGAAAACUACGAGACUUGGAAAGCGACUGUUAUCGCAAUCGAUGGCCAUGUGGACUUGGAAAAUUCUCCACAGCCACUUGAGAUCACAAGACAGAGGGCAGGGAAGAAGUCACUUGCUCAAAUCUGUCAGGAGGCAUUAAAACGACGUCCUUGGAAGGACAUAACAAAACCAGACCGCGAAAAGACACCUAGUGACUCUGAACAAGGUGAGGGCGAUGAUAAGCCCAGUAAGAAGGCAAAGAGAAAAAAGAAGAAAGGCGAAGUCCACCGCUGCCAUGUUUGUUGCCACCCGGAUUAUAGCUAUCGAAUACAUCUAUGCACGAAUCCUGGCUGUCUCGAAGGAUACUGCUACGGCGUCCUGUAUCGGGCUUUCGAUCUCAUGCCACAGACUGUUAUGGAAGAUGAGCAUUGGCAAUGCCCCAAAUGCUUAGGGAUAUGCAAUUGUGGUCAUUGCCGCCGUGCAGGCAUUACGCAGCCAUAUAUGCCAAAAAAUACGUCUCUUGGACAUGACACUCGACGAAUUGCAGACGAUCGAAGUGUAGAAGCACUUGUUGAUUUUCGAAUCCAUAACUUGUCUUGGUUGAAAGCUGCGGGAGAAGAAAGUCGUAGUAAGGACAGCAAGAGAAUGCAGCUGCUGCGAGAGCAAGCGGACAACGCCAAAGCGCAAGAUGCCCUGCAGCAAUCUCAUGUGGAGCCUAGGAUGCAACCCAGCGCUGUUUUCACUGCCAAUCUAGGAGAAUCUUCCGCGAUAAACGGGUAUGGAGAUCAGAGUCAAGUACUUGGCCACGAUGGGGGAAACGUGUCCAACCUGGCUUUUGACGUCUCCGACAGACAUACCUACAAAGCCGACAACGUGCCGCAAGAUGUCGCAGCUCCAGCCUCACAAGAGAGUGUAUAUUCAUCACAGUAUCCUGACCCAUCGGUUUUCACCAGGCAGCGAAUAGGAAUGGGAUACUACGAACAAGACGAUACACCAGAUAAAAUUCUUUUCGACCCUUACCAGGCGCCCUCCGCAGAAUCAAUCCAGGCUGACGAAUCUACCGUCCCAGAUUUUGUUAAGAAAACUAUUCGGGCAGCUAAGAGAAAAGCUAAACGGGAGAAUGACGACCCUGAUUUUAUUGUUUCUAAAAGCCAUGCGAAGAAACAAAGGCUUAUCCCACAGGCAACGGAUUUUCUUGACAACAUGGAUCCAGCUCUUUUUGUCGCUGAAACUUUGUCAGCAGUACCUGAUCAAGCAACAGCGCCUGCUCCUCCAGAUAGGGAGGAUUCUGUUGGGACGUCUCGAGCAGAGCCUAGCCACAACAUACCGAAGACAUCCUUUGCACCGUAUGAUGCUAAUGAGCCAAUCCUUCGACAUGCCAAACCACGGGCGUCGUAUAUCGAAAUCGACGACCUAGAUAUUGAUGAAGUUGACGAAACUGAAGCAGCGCCUCAGAUAUCACCAACCUUGGCGGCGAUGGAAGCCCAUGGCCCAGCAGUAGAUAAACCCCACAAAGAUAUACACGCGAACGAAGAAGUACAAGGACUGAAUAGUGCUGAGGAACAACGUCCGAGUAGAGCAACCCAAGAGGCGGCCGGGGAAGUUGCUCCGAAACGUCGCGGUCGGCCACCGAGAAAGUUGCCGAGAACAGCAUCACCAGUGACCGCCGAGGAUGUAACGCCGCAGAUUGAAAGCGGAAGUAACAAAAAGGCGAGAGGGCGCCCAAGGAAGUCGCUGCCUACAUCGCUCAUGGAGGCAGAUACUGGCCCGCAGGACGACAUGGUCUUUGCUCCCGAUACAGAAACUCGUGAAUCGAAUUCUCCGGAAUUGGAUGAGCAGACCAAUACUCGGGAUGGCGAUUUCGUUGAAGAUUCACGACAACGACGCUGGCGCUCCAGAUCUUCAGGUGUUGCUAAACUUGGCGUCGGCAAUCCACGGCGAGAGCACCAAACCAAGACCUCUAGAGAAUCACAGGUCGAAGACGAAGAGGGAGAUGCUCUUCCGAAAAGGAGGAGAGGCCGACCUCCGAAAUCUGUGGCUUCUUCACGAAGUAGAUCCUCUUUGGAUGUAAUUUUACCAUCAAGCUCUCAAUUUAUGUCUAUGGCUGAACGGAUGGCUCUCAAAGGCAAGUCAUUCAAGAUUGGCUUGAGGAAGCCUCAAGGC